AUGUGCCGUAGAAAAGUUUUUCUUUCUUUCUUUACACUUUUUUCAUUAAUUCUUUUCAGGUUACUCGUUUUUUUUUUCUCUUUCAUUUUUUCAUUUCUUUCUUUUUUUCUCUUUAUCCCUUUUUUAUCUUCUUUGUCUCAAUUUGCUUUCGCAUUCGCUUCUUUCUUUCUUUCCUUUUUCUUUCUUUCUUUCUUUCUUUCUUUUUUCACAGUCCAUUUUGUCUUUAUUGAUCGAUUACGUUCUUAUUCUUUCUUUCUUUCUCUCUUUCUUUCUAUUUUUCAUGAUUUGCUGUUUUCGUCCUUUUCUUUUUAUCUUUUUUCCUUAUUUCUUAUUUACUCGUUUUCUUUCACGUUUUCAUUUCUUUCUUUAUUUACCCAUUUUUAUCUUCUUUCUCUCAUUUUGCUUUCGCAUUUCUUCUUUCUUUCUUUUUUCUUUCUUUUUUCUUUCUUUUCUUUCCAUUCAGUGGUAUUUAUUCGCAUUUUUUCUACCCAGAAGCAACCUCAAAUCCCAUUUGUGCUGUGUCAUCGUAACAUUUCUUUUUACACCCCCUUGUUUAUUUCUGUCUGA